ACGGCCUCCGCUGCCUCGCUCGUCGCGCUGUCGGUGCUGAGCAUCGCCGCCUGCAGGCAGCUUGAACCGAAGGGGCGAACCCAAGUGCCUUCCGGUGUCAACAGUCCCCACAAAAUUGCAUUUGAAUACGUGACGGGCAGUUCAUCGUCGUCACAAAUGGCAGGGUCACACGGGGAUUCGUGGACAGGCAGUUACGCGUCGUUAGCGACGGUACCCUCUACAGUAAACUCUCUUGCAACGGAAGCUCAGACUGCGAAGCCCUCCACGACCAACCCUCCUGCGGUUAACCCGACAACCAAGCCACCAACGACUGGGGCAUGCCAGUGCGGGGUUGCCAACCCAACGCGCAUCGUAGGAGGAGAAGAAGUCCAACCCGCCCACAAGUACCCGUGGCAAAUAGGUCUCAAGUAUAAGGGAGGCAAUGGGUACUGGUGUGGAGGCGCCGUCAUCAACGACCGCUACAUCCUGACCGCCGCCCACUGCCUAUUUGACUCCGACGGCAACCAGGAGUCUGCUGAAGGCCUCGUGGUUGGCGUUGGCGAUCACCUCAUGAGCUCCACUUCCGACGAUGUGGCUGCAACUGAGCUAAUCAGUGUGGAGAAGGUCAUUCUGCACCCACAGUACAAUAAACAGACAUUUGAUAAUGAUAUAGCUCUUUUAAAGUUGUCCAAAGUCCUAACUUUCUCCACGGAGGUGCGACCUGUCUGCCUUCCUGAGAACGACAGCAAAACCUACGCAGGCGCAGAAGGCAUUGCCUCCGGCUGGGGCACGCUGUCCUCGGGGGGAAGUCAGCCCAAUCAGCUGAUGGAGGUAACCGUGCCCAUCCUGGACCCAAGCUGCUGGGGCCAGUCGGUGACCGAAAGG